AUGGUAGCAGGCGUUUACGAUAUACAGGAAAUUACUCCUUCCUUGCUAAAUGAACUCCUAAACGAACUUGGUGAUUAUAACAGAAAAGUAGCUAUUACUAUCAAAAACCUUUCGUCUCCAAUGAUUUUUGAGAAACCUGAAGUACACAUUGAAUAUGGAACAUCUGAUUUUCAGCUUCCCUCUGAUCAACUUUCAAAAGAUAAAGGUUUGGUCUGGGGAGCUCGUAAGAUUUCUGGCGUGUUUGGAGGAACUGUAGGGGUUAUUGCGUACCAUUUCCAAGAUCGUAACGAAUCCUUGGUUUUUAUGUGGAGUGUCCCAUUAAAUUACAUCUUUUACUCAAAUUGGUGGAAUAUUAAAGUAUAUAAUGGUCAUGUUAAAGCUAAUAGAGCAUUAUUUGAAAAGAUAUACAAUGACCUCCCUCAUAAGGGAGACGGUAAGAUGUACCGCGGUGUUCUAAGUACCGAUUUGUUAUUCAAGGGUACGAUGAGAAACUCUGGAAUAACUACUAUUGUAAUUGAGGUCCAAAAUUAUAGAACAACUCCUCCUGUUAGAGAAAUUAAGCGAUAUUAG